AUGCGUUUUGACAGCCAGAUACUGGCAACCCGCACGGAUGCACCACUGCAAUGGGGGCUGGCCCUUCUGGGGCACGCCUUGGAGACUCUGCCUUGCCAACAGAAAAUGAAUGCAAGGCUGCUGAAGUUGUCGUUGAGGUUGUGAACAAUUCUGGUUUCACGCUUUUCCGUUCUCAUGUCGAGCCCGGCCAGUGUGCGGCUGAGCUGCCUGAGGAGUGUUGCUCCCAUGCCAUUUGGCGAUUUUCUAUGGAAGAUGAGGUGUUCAUAAACUACACCACGCACGCGCAGCAACGUGACCAGCAGGGGUCAGCCGAGUCUGCUCAAGGAGUGCAUCUGCGGCCAGACCAACAGAGUUUGCCGCAGACUAUACUUAGUGUUUAUGUCGGUUUGGAAGCUGGUGGCUUGCGGUCGCUUCUGCUUGGGAGUAUCUGCCGGAUACGGGUUGCCGCGACGUUCAAAACACACCCGGAGACUGCAGACGAAUUGCAAGAGUUGGCAAGUACAAAGGGCCGGAUUUCCAACUGCUCCUGGAGCGUGAUGGUACCACCUCGCACAGCAAUGGUGACCCUGGAUUAUGCUGAGCUGCCAGUACUGCAGCAACGGCGAAAGUUCCUAGACACUUUACAGGCCAGGACAUUGGAGGACAAACCGGCCAUUGACCCAAGCAUUGAGGAGCCUGGCCCUGUGACGGCUCCCUCAGCUCCAGCAGCCGCAGCCGAGAAAUGCUGUGACGAGACUGCCGGCGAGUUAGAAGAGAAGGGGCAGAGCGCGAUGCCGCGCGUGAACGCGAAGAGUUCUCGCAGUGCAGAUGCUGCUCUUGCACGGUCUGAAGAAUUGGCCGUCAACAGCCCAGUGCAGAGGUCUGAAAGACAAGAUCAGGAGAGCCGAGUGCGGGCAACGCGAAGAGUUCUCGCAGUGCCACCUUGGCCUUGGAGGUGCAGCAGGCAUUGCGGCAACAGAGGGCCAAGGAAGCGGCGGAGCGGAAGCGGCUGCAAGAAGAGCAAGAGAUGAAGGCAAACUGUUCUGCUGUCAUUGCUGCACAAGAUCUGGAAUUUCAAAGGAGUUUGUUGCAUGAUCAACUUCAAGACUUGCGCAAGGAGUUGGCUGACUUGGAAGAUCGCAGACGGCAAGCCUCGCAUGAGUUGGAGAGCUCAACGGCGCUCCACCUGAAUGCUCGCACCCGCCUUGCCAGGCAUGGGCGAGAAUCCUCGCAUCCGUGCCGAAGCCGAAGAAGCAGGGGAAAGAGAAAACAUGCUGAAGAAAUGGCUCCAUGAGAUUACGACAAGACUGGAGGAUGUCAAGGAGAUGAUAGUCGAGAAGGACGAGUUAAUUUGCAUGGCCUCGUUAGCAGACGAUCCAGACUAAUUGGACAAUUACGUGCGGCCUCGACUCCCUUGCUUUGCAAAGCAACAGGGCCAUUAGGGUCUCACACGCCAAGGGCGCAGCGCAUCUUGUGUUCCACUGAGUGGAAAGCCGUGGCUAAGUGGCCACAGCACAGGUACAGUCCAAGGCCACAAUGCAAGAGAUGCGGCAGUUUUGCCAAUCUGCUUUGGAU